AUGCAAAUCAUCGAUUUGAUCCUGUCGUCUUCUUCCCCAGUCAAUGGCGCCAAGAGACGUUGUACAAUGGACACAUCUGAUAUCUCGUUUCUGGGAGCCCAUUGGAACGCGUCACGUCGUCCUAACUUGUCUCAAGAAAAUUCACUGGCUGUUACGCUUCAGGAGGAGAUGGAUGCUGCUGGAACAGAAAUCUUACACGAUAGUUCAGACGACGAAAAUGAUGCGGCUGAAACUGGUGGUAUGAACGUAUCAACUAUGAAGACGGCUCAUGAUAAGAAGCUUCACGAUACUGACCCAGAAUCAAGUAUGGAGUUAACGGCAAUAGCGAUUCCCAAAUCUAUCAGGGUAGGAUAUGAGUCAGGAAAUGACAAUGACAAUGACAAUGACAAUGAAGAGACUAUGGAAUUAACAGGUCAGGUGAAUCCAAUUUCAUUUAUACAUAAGCAAGCAUCAGUAGCGAACAGUCACAAUAAUAGUAAUCAUAAAUCUGAUGGUGCGGCUGAAAACGAAUCUGGAUCUAAUGAUGAUUCUGAACCUGAAAUGGAACUUACAAAGAAUAUGCGUGCUCCUUCAUUCAAGCCAAAACCUUUGGUUGCACCACCAGAACUGCUGACACCAAGCACUGAACUUCCUCACAUCGAAAACGAGCAGGAAGAGUCAGAUAUGGAACUCACACAAGCUCACAAUGUUGCCUUGUCGAAUAAUAUUGCUCACCAACUGGACGACUUGCAGGUGGAAAUGGAAUUCAGUCAACCUCGUUCUGUUUCAUUGAGUACAAUCACUGAGAGUACCAUUGAUGAGUCUGUACAUGUUAAUGAAGAAGAGGAAGAAAUGGAAGAAAUGGAAUUAACUCAACACCGUUCUGUGACAUUAAGUACAAUAAUUGAAAAUAGCGUUGAUAAUGAAGCCAAAACAACUCCAAUUGAGAACGAAGAGCAAGAAAUGGAAAUGACUCAGGUAGUAGGUAGAAGUCUUGUGACUCCAAAUACAAAUAUACCACCACUGGUUUCACCCUUACAGGACGAAGAUGUCCAAGAGGAAAGCUCCAAGAUGGAAAUUACUCAAGUAGUCUCCAAUCUUGUGACUCCAAGAGUCACUAUCAAACAAGAUGAUGAGGCAAAUCAAGAUGGCAUACAGUCACCUUCUAAACAUAACGAAGCAGAGCAAAGUGUGCGUACAAUUAUACACUCAGCAAGGCCAUUAGUGAUAACGACUAAGCUCGCUCUGACUGACGCGGAUGGUGAAGAGGUUGAAGGUAAUGAAGAUUUUGAGCACAAUGAUGAACAGCAAGAACCUUCAGGUAACUUAACCGAAAGUCAAGAACCUGAAUAUUACGAUGAUGCUGACAGUUAUUUGCCAGUAGAGCUAAGCGAUUUUUUGGCAGAUAUCGGCAUAGCAUUUCUUGAGGAUGAAGAUGUUGAUGUUCGUAUGGACACACUGUCCAAUGAAGUGGUGACUCAUGAGCAUUCACCCUCAGAUUACGUUAAGGCAUAUGCAAAACUUCAAUUGUAUAAUCUGUAUGCAUUUGCAUGCGAGGAACUUACACAUACCUCCAAGGAGUCAGCAGAGUUAUUCAAAGAGUUUGAUAAUGUGAUUCGAGAGAACAAUCCACAGAUAUUCCGCAAGUUUUACCAAGCUGAUGAAAGCGAUAGAGCCCAUUACAGGUUGAAAUUUCAUAUGUUGAAGCAAUUUGCAAGGUACCAACUGGAGAAGAUUUGGUAUGAAUGGAGAAUUCAAACAAUUGAAACUGUUUUGGAAAGGCUAGAGGAAAAGUACAUUGAUUUACAGGAAGACAAAGAAAGAUUGUUAAAGGAUUUGGCCAUGAUUGAAGAAAUUUCCACCCACGUAAAUCAUCAAUAUCAAAGGAUGGAGGACGAUUGCCAAAUGCUUGAGAAGCGAGAACAAGAGUUAAGCACAUAUACGCCCGACCAACUUGAUACAAUUCGUGAAAAAUAUGAAGGAUUAUCUAGUCAAUUGAGUCAGGUUUCUCAAGAAUUAGAGUCCAAACAAGAGAGUGCCGUUCUGUUGGAAAGGUCACUUCGUACCUUAGAAGAAUUGAAAGAGAGAUACCUGCAAGAACUAACCCGUAAUACUAUUUUACUGAAUGAGAGAAAGAAAUUUGAACAGCAGGAUGUGGUUCGACUAAUGCAAGAAUUCAAGGUUAUUGUUCAGCUACUUGAUAUUCAGAUUAUGUCGUUCCAGGACAAAGAAAUGCUGUUUUUACUUGAUAAACAUAUUAUUAUCAACAUUAAUUUGGAUGACGUGCUCAAUUUGGAUAACAUUAAUUUUGAGCUCCCACCAAGGACUUGGUUUCAUUUUGGAAAUUUACAAGAACGAAUCAAGCAAAUAUGGAUGCUCAUGCCGAGUGCCAACGUGUUUGAAGUGUAUCGGAAUUUUGUUAAAGUGUACUACAAUUUGAAACAACUUGAUGAAGAUUUAUAUCUUAUCGGGUUGAAGUUCCGGGUGCAGUUUGAUAGCGAUAAUAGUUCCGGUAAGAGUGGAGAAGAGGGCAUGUUCAGUAUACAAUUCAACUGGUAUGAUUUUGAAAGUAAGACCAAUGCAGUUAUCCAUUUGAUGAUUGCCUUGAGAGACUUGGUAGCGUAUCCUCCGGCAUUUAAAAUCCGAGUGGAAAGAGUCUCUACAACCAAUAAAUGGAAGCCGGCAAUAUUACGCGAUAUGGUCAAGAAUGGUUUAUUGAAUUCUGCGACACUUGCUGGAGUUGUCACUACUGAUUAA